AAUAAAUACAAUUUCUUCCUAAUAUUAACAACUCUUUUAUUGUUAGCCUCCUCUCAAUAAGAUUAUUAAGGUACAACUAUUAACUAUGAAACACCUAUUGAAAUACUAAUAGAAUACUGUACAAGUUGAUCUUAUAAGGGAGCAUUUCAAUAAUUAGAAAAUGCUCUCUUAAAUUAAUAUUCAAAUAAGGUUAAUGUAAUAGGUUAACCUUAUCCAAUAGGACCUUAAAAGUAAAUGUUGGUCAAUUUACUAACCUUUAUACAAUAUGGGUCUUUAAUAAUCUUAGUGGUUUUCGAUUCAAUUUUAUAAAAUAAAAUUUCAUUAUGGUAAUAAUACAUUAGUCCACAUAAAAUGAGAGUA